CCUCAUCGAAGAAGAAGAAGCUUCUAUUUGCCUGCUGUUUGUAUCGAGCGCAUCACCUCCUAGGCCCGUGUCGUCGUUUUCCCGGUAUCAUCUACCGCCCAGCCAUUAUGUCGUCCAGAACAUUUUUCGUAGGAGGAAAUUGGAAGAUGAACGGUGACAAGAAGAGCCUGGGUGAACUCAUAACGACCCUGAACACAGCAAGCCUCCACGAUGAAACCGGUAUGCAAUUUUUUGGUCUCUCAAAAUAUCUUCAGUCUAAAAUUAGCCCUAAUACGUUGUUUACAGUCCAUACUGAUUAAUACCAAUUUCCAAUACUUACAUGUAAACAUGUUAUGUAAGGAGUAAAUGUGACGGUCUGUUUUUUAACGGUAAGUGUCAAACGACACCGUGACAUUGAAGUCACGUGACGUGUAGUUUUCGACUGCUCCAUCCAUGCAGGGCUGUUGGCCUAGCGCGAGCUGUGCUCAUUGGACUGAGCAUAGUUUCUCAUAAGAUCUGAGUGCAUCGAUGCCACCGGGGCUUGAAAUUCCCAAUAAGCCAGCUUGUCCGCAAUGCCUUGGGACUGGGAAUGACUGGCUAAACACUGGUCCUGAGUAAACUUUCCAACAGUCUUAAUCUACUGUCACUUACAAGCAAACCUUAUGCUGGGACAGUGCUUAUGGAAUAGGCCAGGGUUCCCCAACUGGCGGGCCGAAUUUGGCCCGCGGGUGGUUUUACUUGGCCCCUCCAGUUUUCCGAGCAAAAAAACCACAUUAUUUUAAAAAAAAAAACAUUUUAUAGACAUAAAAGACUAAAAACACCAGUAAAUCAGCUCCAUGUGAUUUUCAUUUAAGAAAUCUGUUCCCAAGUAUUCCCACGUGUAAUUUUACAUUUUAGUCAUUUAGCAGACGCUCUUAUCCAGAGCGACUUAGUUAGUGAGUGCAUACAUUAUUUUUUUAUUUUUCAUACUGGCCCCCCGUGGGAAUCGAACCCACAACCCUGGUGUUGCAAACGCCAUGCUCUACCAACUGAGCUACAUCCCUGCCGGCCAUUCCCUCCCCUACCCUGGACGACGCUGGGCCAAUUGUGCGCCACCCAAUGGGUAAUAGAGACACAUGAUUGUAUACAAAUGUAAGCAAGGUUUGAAAUGAUUAUGUUUUAGUCAAACAUUAUAUAUGUUUGGGCUUCUUGCGGUCAAUUUGCAGUCUACAAAUUAUUUGUAAUUAUGUUCCGGCCCCUGACCAUCCACUCAAGAAAAAAGCUUGGUUUGUCCUCCGGAGUCUCUGGAUUGCAUUUCCGGGGCAACCAUAAAUUGCUUUUACAGUGCCUCUCAACUGAAAACUGUGGGCAAUGAAACUUCGGAAAGCCAUUAACUUCCAAGCGAAGUGGGCGGGGGACUGUUGGGCGACGCGAGCAUGGGAGAGGGACAUGAACAGGUUUGGACCAAAAUUGGGGAAAGCUGAACUUUAUGCAAAUACUUUGACAUUGAGGUACGCUUGACCAAUCGAAGCUCAUUAGCUUCAAGCCCCUACUGGAUUGGAUGUGAAUAAUACAUAGCACUAUCUAACUUGCUCACUUGCACCCACACAAGGGCGAAACUAACGUGGGGAGGCAGAAACAAGUGCUUGUUAAAAUGUACUAUUAGUUCUAUAAUCUUUGCUAUUGCUGUGCACAUCUGUCCUCACCUCUCUGUAAAGUUAUGUUUGUUGGGUAACAGCAUCCAUGAGAGUUUCCCACAGUGUAGUAGGGCUGGGAAUAGCUCUCGAGAACCCAAGGGGUGUCUACCCAAACAUUACUAAUCUUCAAUAGCAAUACAGUUUUGGAAACCUUUGGAACUUAACUUUCACAUAAGCGAGAAAGAAUCUUUAAAAUAUACCCGGCUGUUUUCACACACUGCCUCGGCUAUGACACAUCCUCUCACCUUGCGCUCGCAUUUCCAUUAGACCAGUCCAUUCCACAUUUCCGGCUGGAUUGCAUGUGUUUCUCAAAAUGCAGCCGGGUACAACUUUCCUAAACUGCAUACAGUAAGUGUAUUUUUUGUGUUUGAAAAAUAUGAAAGUGAAGUUCCAAAUGUUUACAAAACUGUAUUGCGUGCGAGGCAUAUUUGCGUUUAGACAGCGCAUUUGGGCAGCAUCAGGGAGGGCUGGGCCUUUCCCUUCACAAGGCUAAAGGGGACGUCCAAUGGCUCAAUGUAAUGCGAUGGAAUUUGAGUCAUGAAUAAGGGUAAGGCUGGGAAUUGCCAGGGACCUCACAAUAGAAUAUUAUCACGACACUUUGGUGCCGAUACAAUAUGUAUUGCGUUUCUCACAAUUCUAUAUGUAUUGCAAUUUGAUACUGUGAUUGUUAUUGUGAUUUGAUGUUCCUAACAUAUUGCUCACUAUAUGUCUGCUGCAGAGAGAAGAGGGAGCAUGGAAAAAUGAAUUUUGAUCAGUCAUUUAAAUAAGUGCUGAAAACACGUUGACUCACUAUUUAAAAAGAAGAUAGAGAACAAGAAAUAGGAUGAAAAAUACCAGAGUAUUUGCUACCUAGCCAAAACAUUAUUAUUUUUACAAAUCGAUACUUCGAGUUAAAGUAUCGAUAUCAUAUCGUCCAAAAUAAUAUUGCGAUAUGUAACUAUCGAUUUCCCCCCCCCCCAUCAGACCAUGGAUCUAAGUCAAUGAGCAGAUGUACUCCAUCCCCAAUGUAGCAAAUAAAUGAUUGCAUGUUUUGUGUGGGAUCAAUGUGUUAGCUAGUGAUCAAGGAUGUGUGCAUUACGACACACAAAGGAAAACGUUUUUCAACAAAAAAUGAACAUUUGCAUUUCUUAUAGAACAGACAGGUCCAGAUAGCCCCUCCAUGUUUCAGUCCAUGUUUCUCCAUUUGGUACCCAAUGAACACAACCCUGACCUUUUGAGCCAUGUGACCAACCUUCAACCUUCCACUGACCUCAGCAGCUGCAAGGAUGUCCAUUCUUCUGCUGUUCUCCUAACUCCUACAGUCUCCCUCUCUUUUGUCUCCUCACCCCCCACCACUCACUCACACCUCUCAUAGAGGUGGUGUGUGGCGCUCCCACCGUCUACCUCGACUUUGCCCGCUCGAACCUGGAUGCCAGGAUCGGUGUGGCCGCACAGAACUGCUACAAAGUCGCCAAGGGGGCUUUCACUGGCGAGAUCAGGUAAGGCUCCACUCUAGCAUAUGAUGACACGUCUUCCACCUUCAAAAAUAAUCUGUGACAGAAAACUUGUUCAAGGUGGCCUCCUUAUUUGGCGAUUCCACACCAACGGGAAAUAUUUUUGGGUUCUAAGAUUGUUCUUGCAAUUCUCACAUAGGAACUUCAUUGGGAGGAAGGAUUUUAACAUGCUUUCUACAUUUGUAUCACAAUAAAAAAAUUUUACAAAUUGUAUGAUGAAAUUGGCCUAUUUAGACCUAUACAUGCCUCCUGUAAGACCCUAUGAUCUGUGAACCGUACAUAAUACAGAUAACAUAUUGGUGUUAUUAUACUCCUUAUAGUGUUAGACAUAUGGAGUAUAUCUAGAUACUGAAAUACAAAUUUUCACAUUAAUUUAUCCACAAUAAAAAAUAUGAAUCUCAAAACCACCCUUUUUUGAUUUGGCUUAUUUUUUAGAUGUAUUGUUUGUAACAAUAUACUCUUCAAACACGUAAUAUUUCCAUAGUGGGCUAUUUGGUACUUUUAAUGAUAUGACACAUUUUAUACAUAGAAAUUGACAUUAUAGGUCAUUAACCACUAGCGUCGGCUAAACAGCCGAUUACUCAUUUUCAGCCGAAUACUUUUUCCACCAGAGAUUUGUUUCCAUCAAACAGACUUUUUGCGGAUAAAAGGCUGUGCUUGAUGACAUAGUGCACAUAAAAAUUACUUUUGCGGUUAAGUUGGUUUCCCUUGUAUUUUCAACUCUACUAAUGGUUUUGUCACAAAAACUGUUGCGUUAUAUAGCAAAUAUGCCCACUCUGGUCUUGGCACGUGCACAUGAUGAGAUUAUUAUGGAUAAGAGCGAGAUUAUUUGUAUUUGUCAAACGGCAGCCAAGCAUCGAUCACCAUGUCACCAGAUUAAGACCCUCGAUAUUUAUUGGAAAUGAGCAUCAAGCUCAUCACCUUGCACAUUCACCACCCUGUGAAGAACAUAACUUAUUUCAUCUGUAGCCUAAUAAACUGCAUGCUUUCCUGAGUCGUAGUGGGAGGACCACACAACAUAUCAUCGCAUGACUCCAAGUUUACUUCGAUAUGAUAGUUAUUACAUCAAUAUUUGCGCAUAAAGGCGUUUCCACCUCCAUUUCUCGCAUAAUUAAUUUAACAGACACAAGAAGAUCCCACCAUGUCUGUCGGCAUUUAUAAAAUUGUACCGGCAUUUCAUGUUUCCAUCCGCCCGGUUGUGACUUUUUUCAUGUGUCAGGUAAUUAAUCCGCAUGAAAUGGUUGGCUGGAACCCUGUUUAGUGAGUGAAUUUCAGGACUCUACAGUGCGACCAUUUUACUCGCACUACUAAAAAUAGAUGUGUGUGAACUGAAAAAGUAAAGUAUGAGCACAUGUGCGAGUUGAGAUUUUUAUCGCAACCCCAAAAAAAUCAUACCGUAGCUAUUUUCAAAGUAUUUCUGCCGUUUCUGUUUCGUAAGUGGUAGCUAAUCACACAAAGAACCAUAGAAAUAAGAUUGGUUUUCUUAUUUCUAUGCCAAGAACCACAUAGAUUCCCAUAUAUCCCACCUGGGGCGCUGUGCACACUGAGUGAAGUACAAAAGUAUUCAUUUUUAGAAGCGCACAGGCAUAGAAGUUGGUUUAAUUUACCCAAAGGUCUACUAAAGUGUGACUUUGUCCUAGUUUCUUAGCUAUUUACAUCGUUUUGAUCUCACAGUAGGUUGUUCAUAAUUUGAAGAACAGACAUCAUUGUGGCCAUUCAUAUCUUGCAGUAAAACUGUAAAUAAGACUUCAAUCUCAAGAGAAGACAGGUUAAAGGUGCAAUAUGCAGAAAUCACUAGAAUUCUAAUAGUUAGCCUAAUUUCAGUUUGACAAAACAAGCUGUCAUUAUGUAGAGAAUCAUUGUACCAUCUAAACCACUGUGAAAUAUAUUUUCCAUAACCCAAAUUUGGUCUGGUCGCCAAAAGUUACAUAUUGCAGCUUUAAAUGUUAAAGGUUUAAUGUUCUUUUACUUUGAAAAUAGUCCUGAUCAUAUAGGCCUAGGCAAUAUCCAAAACAACAAAAAAUACACUGAAUUCAUACAUUUUCUGUAAUUUAAAUGGUGAAAUCAUGUCCUUCUACACACAAUACCACAAUUAAUAUUUCCAAUCUGGGUAGUAAAUUUGAUAAUGUAUUCAAUAAUUUUGCGGUGUAUUUCGGAUGGAAUCAAGGCAUUAGAAUGUACAUUUUGGCUGGCUACGCCUGGUACUAGCAAGUCACCAGCAGAGAGUUCCCUUUUUAAUCAAUUUUCGCAUUCACUGUGUUGGUGGUGCUCAUAAAAUUGAUCACACCUUCAGAAUUAGCAGAGAGCCUACACUGGAAAUGUGAUGUACUUGUAGAGUAUAUUGUUCUAAACAAUGUCUUAAAGUGAACAACAUUUUACUGAGGAGGUUGACAAUUCUCACAUUGAAUAAAUGAAUGUGAGAAUUGUAUUUCAGAAUCAAAACCUAAUCUAUAUUUUAGAGCACACUAUAAGGAGUAUAAUGACACCAAGAUGUUGUCUGUAUCAUGUAUGGUUCACAGAUCAUAGGGUCUUACAGGAGGCAUGUAUAGGUCUACAAGGGGCCUAAAAUGGCCACUUUCAUCAUGAUUUUCAAAAACAAAAUGGUUUAUGAUACAAAUGUAAAAAGCAUUUAAAACAUCCUUCCUCCAAAUGGCAAUUCUCACAGAAACGUCAUGACAAUCUGAGAUACCAAAAAUAUAUUUAGCUGACGUGGAAUCACCCUAUUUUCAAUUAAAUCUACUAUUCUACUAUUAGUGGAUGUAUUGAGAAUCCCUCUCUCACUUCCUCAGCCCUGCAAUGAUCAAGGACUGUGGCGUGGAGUGGGUGAUUCUAGGCCACUCGGAGAGGCGCCAUGUGUUCGGGGAGAGCGACGAGCUGAUUGGUCAGAAGGUGGCCCACGCCCUGGAGAAUGACCUGGGGGUAAUCGCCUGCAUCGGAGAGAAGCUGGAGGAGAGAGAGGCUGGAACCACAGAGGAGGUGGUGUACGCCCAGACUCAGGCCAUCGCAGGUAACAGCUGGGUUCGAACCCUGGGUCUGAUGUGCGUCAGAGGACUGUGUUAGCCCUGUGACUAACACCGUAAUCUUUCUCAUCAUGCAAGUGUGAUGCACCACACCAACACAUGAUGUACAGUAUUUACCCAUUGUUUUAUCUACUGAAUAAUUCUGUGGGAUUUUUUUUUUUUAAUGUCCAUGAAAGCUUAAUUUUAUCUCUUCUACCCGCUCUAUAUUCAGUUAGCCCGUUCAGCAUACAGUGGGGGAAAAAAGUAUUUAGUCAGCCACCAAUUGUGCAAGUUCUCCCACUUAUAAAGAUGAGAGAGGCCUGUAAUUUUCAUCAUAGGUACACGUCAACUAUGACAGACAAAAUGAGAAAAACAUUUCCAGAAAAUCACAUUGUAUGAUUUUUAAUGAAUUUAUUUGCAGAUUAUGGUGGAAAAUAAGUAUUUGGUCAAUAACACAAGUUUCUCAAUACUUUGUUAUAUACCCUUUGUUGGCAAUGACACAGGUCAAACGUUUUCUGUAAGUCUACACAAGGUUUUCACACACUGUUGCUGGUAUUUUGGCCCAUUCCUCCAUGCAGAUCUCCUCUAGAGCAGUGAUGUUUUGGGGCUGUCGCUGGGCAACACGGACUUUCAACUCCCUCCAAAGAUUUUCUAUGGGGUUGAGAUCUGGAGACUGGCUAGGCCACUCCAGGACCUUGAAAUGCUUCUUACGAAGCCACUCCUUCGUUGCCCGGGCGGUGUGUUUGGGAUCAUUGUCAUGCUGAAAGACCCAGCUACGUUUCAUCUUCAAUGCCCUUGCUGAUGGAAGGAGGUUUUCACUCAAAAUCUCACGAUACAUGGCCCCAUUCAUUCUUUCCUUUACACAGAUCAGUCGUCCUGGUCCCUUUGCAGAAAAACAGCCCCAAAGCAUGAUGUUUCCACCCCCAUGCUUCACAGUAGGUAUGGUGUUCUUUGGAUGCAACUCAGCAUUCUUUGUCCUCCAAACACGACGAGUUGAGUUUUUACCAAAAAGUUAUAUUUUGGUUUCAUCUGACCAUAUGACCUUCUCCCAAUCCUCUUCUGGAUCAUCCAAAUGCACUCUAGCAAACUUCAGACGGGCCUGGACAUGUACUGGCUUAAGCAGGGGGACACGUCUGGCACUGCAGGAUUUGAGUCCCUGGCGGCGUAGUGUGUUACUGAUGGUAGGCUUUGUUACUUUGGUCCCAGCUCUCUGCAGGUCAUUCACUAGGUGGUCUUGUAUGUCUUCCAUUUCCUAAUAAUUGCUCCCACAGUUGAUUUCUUCAAACCAAGCUGCUUACCUAUUGCAGAUUCAGUCUUCCCAGCCUGGGCAGGUCUACAACUUGUUUCUGGUGUCCUUUUGACAGCUCUUUGGUCUUGGCCAUAGUGGAGUUUGGAGUGUGACUGUUUGAGGUUGUGGACAGGUGUUUUUAUACUGAUAAAAAGUUCAAACAGGUGCAUUAAUACAGGUAACGAGUGGAGGACAGAGGAGCCUCUUAAAGAAGAAGUUACAGGUCUGUGAGAGCCAGAAAUCUUGCUUGUUUGUACGUGACCAAAUACUUAUUUUCCACCAUAAUUUGCAAAUAAAUUCAUUAAAAAUCCUACAAUGUGAUUUUUUGGAGAAAAAAAAAAUCUCAAUUUGUCUGUCAUAGUUGACGUGUACCUAUGAUGAAAAUUACAGGCCUCUCUCAUCUUUUUAAGUGGGAUAACUUGCACAAUUGGUGGCUGACUAAAUACUUUUUUCCCCCACUGUAGCCCUGUUGUACACCUUCCAAAAAGGUUUUGCCGCUAUUUCGGUUUAAGUGGAAAAUGUUAGUCUCAAAUGCCUGGAUGUUGCCUUGAACUUGUGUGCCCCUUAUUCAGGAAGUAGUCAAAGGGGUUGGAAGUAGUUCACUAAACGGUGGUGUUGCAUGAUGAGAAACCUUGCCAGAGACCUAAGAAAUUAACUCUAGGGUCCAUUCCAUUCAAUUGGUUUACUUACCACAUAUUGUAUUAUACAUUUAAGGCAAUUAGUGGUAGGCCAACAUACCUUAUCAUUAUCUACAUACAGUGCCGUCCAUUAUCUUGAUAAUAAGCUGUUGUGUUGUAGACAACGUGAAGGACUGGAGCAAAGUGGUGCUGGCUUACGAGCCUGUGUGGGCCAUCGGUACCGGCAAGACAGCCUCACCUGAGCAGGUACUACUCAUCACCGUUUCAUAACAAUAUUUACUUAUUUACCUACAAAAUGCAUACUUUGCUAUGUUAUUUAAUAGUUACAAGCUGCUCUGUGGGAAAUUCAUAUUGGUUUGCUUAAUCGCAUGCAUUGAAAAAGUAUUGGAAAAUUUAGGAGAUGCCAAGUUGUCUGAACAUGACUGCAGGUGCAGUGAGUGGGAUUGUUACGUGAAAGGCACCAAAUGUCAGUUGGCAUCUCGGCAUGGCCUGCUUCCAUCAAUCUUCAUAGACCUAAGCAUUUCACUGUAAGGUCUUCAACUGUUGUAUUCGGCGCAUGUGAAAAAUACAAUUUUGAUUUGAUGUUUAGGCCUGCCGUACACUCACUAGAAACGCAUUCAUUACCCUCACUAUCAAGACUAUAUUAUGCGCAUGUCUUUAUUCCCAGGAACUUGCCCAUGCACUGUGCAUUCUGUGCUUACACAGUCUAUUGCAUUCACAAAUAUUGUUAUAAUUGUUAGGGAGAUAUGUAGAUAAGUACAUCUUCAACAAUAGUUCCAUGGCCGAGUGGCGCAGUGGUCUAAGGCACUGCAUCGCAGUGCUAGCUGUGCCACUAGAGAUCCUGGUACGAAUCCAGGCUCUGUCAUAGACGGCCGUGACCGGGAGACCCAUGGGGCGGCGCACAAUUGACCCAGCGUCGUCCAGGGUAGGGGAGGGAAUGGCCGGCAGGGAUGUUGGUAGAGCAUGGCGUUUGGAAUGCCAGGGUUGUGGGUUCGUUUCCCACGGGGGGGCAGUAUGAAAAAAAGAAUGUAUGCACUCACUAACUGUAAGUCGCUCUGGAUAAGAGCGUCUGCUAAAUUACUAAAAUGUAAUGUAAAAUGUUGUUGUUUUCUUUGUAUCGUUUGAAGAAAUUGUUUAGUGGUUUGUGCAAAAUGUGGUUAUAGUGAGCACCAUUUUAUUUCUGCUGCAAGAGUAGAGUAGUGUUUUUAAAGGCCCAGUGCAGUCAAAUUGAUUUUCCUGUGUUUUAUGUAUAUUUCCACACUGAUGUUGGAUUAAUACUGUGAAAUUGUGAAAAUUAUGAUAAUGCCCUUUCAUUCUAAUAGCUGUUUGAAAAUACUGCCUGACAUUUUUUGUGGGGGUGGGAUGGAGUUUUAGCCUGCCUGAUGACAUCACCAGGCGAUAAAUUAGUUCAUAGACCAAUAAGAGAGUGAGUUCCAAACCUCCCUGCCAAUAACAGCUAGUUUUCAGUUUUCCCCUCCACACUCCGACCACUCCCAGACAGUCCUAGCAAAAUGAUUGCUUGAGAAAUUGCUCUUUGCUAAGAAACAUUUAUUUUUACCAUUUUAAUUAAAAACAAUCACAGUAAGGUACUUAAUUGUUAACCAGGAAUUAUUUGAUAUUGAGAUGGCUGCAUUGGACCUUUUUAACCUUUAUUUAUCCAGGCUAGUCUGAGAGAAUACAUUUUUCAAGAGACCUGGUCCAAGAGAGAUCUGGUGUGCAUGUAUCUAUUUACUAUACAGUGCAUUCAGAAAGUAUUCAGACCCCUUUACUUUUUCCAUAUUUUAUUACGUUACAGCCUUAUUCUAAAAUUGAUUAAAUAGUUUUUUUUCCUCAUAACUCUACACACAAUACCCAAUAAUGACAUCGUGAAAACAGGUUGUUAGAAAUGUAUCACAUUUACUUAAGUAUUCAGACCCUUUACUCAGUACUUUGUUGAAGCACCUUUGGCAGUGAUUACAGCCUCGAGUCUUCUUGGGUAUGAUGCUAUAAGCUUGGCACAUCUGUAUUUGGGGAGUUUCUCCCUUCUCUGCAGAUCGUCUCAAGCUCUGUCAGGUUGGAUAGGGAGUGUCGCUGCACAGCUAUUUUCAGGUCUCUCCAGAAACGUUAGAUCAGGUUAAAGUCCGGGCUGUGGCUGGGCCACUCAAGGACAUUCAGAGACUUGUCCCAAAGCCACUCAUGCGUUGUCUUGGCUGUGUGCUUAGGGUCGUUGUCCUGUUGGAUGGUGAACCUUCGCCCCAGUUUGAGGUCCUGAGCGCUCUGGAGCAGGUUUUCAUCAAGGAUCUCUCUGUACUUUGCUCCGUUCUCUUUCCCUCGAUCCUGACUAGUCUCCCAGUCCCUGCCGCUGAAAAACAUUCCCACAUCAUGAUUCUGCCACCACCAUGCUUCACCGUAGGGAUGGUGCCUGGUUUUCUCCAGACGUGAAGCUUGGCAUUCAGGCCAAAGAGUUCAAUCUUGGUUUCAUCAGACCAGAGAAUCUUGUUUCUCAUGGUCUGUCCUUUUAGGUGCCUUUUGGCAAACUCCAAGCGGGCUGUCAUGUGCCUUUUUACUGAGGAGUGGCUUCCGUUUAAGCCACUCUACCAUAAAGGCCUGAUUGGUGGAGUGCUGCAGAGAUGGUUGUCCUUCUGGAAGGUUCUCCCAUCUCCACAGAGGAACUCUGGACCUCUGUCAGAGUAACCAAGGCCCUUCUUCCCGAUUGCUCAGUUUGGCCGGGCGGCCAGCUCUAGGAAGAGUCUUGGUGGUUCCAAACUUCUUCCAUUUAAGAAUGAUGGUGGCCACUGUGUUCUUGGGGACCUUCAAUGCUGCAGACAUUUUUUGGUACCAUUCCCCAGACCUCAUGGCUUUGUUUUUGCUCUGACAUGCACUGUCAAUUGUGGGGCCUUAUAUAGACAGGUGUGUGCCUUUCCAAAUAAUGUCCAAUCAAUUGAAUUUACCACAGGUGGACUCCAAUCAAGUUGUAGAAACAUCUCAAGGAUGAUCAAUAGAAACAGGAUGCACCUGAGCUCAAUUUCGAGUCUCAAAGCAAAUGGUCUGAAUACUUAUGUAAAUAGGGUAUUUAAAAAAAAUAAAAAAAUUUUAUAAAUGUGCGAACAUUUCUAAAAACCUGUUUUCACUUUGUCAUUAUGGGGUAUUGUGUGUAGAUUGAUGAGGGAAAACAUUUAUUUAAUCCAUUUUAGAAUAAGGCUGUAACGUAACAAAAUGUGGAAAAAGUCAAGGGAUCUGAAUACUUUCCAAAUGCACUGUAAAUUCCAGUGUGUGUGUGUGUGUGUGUGUGUGUGUGUGUGUGUGUGUGUGUGUGUGUGAACUUCUCGUUUCGCCCCAGGCCCAGGAGGUGCAUGAGAAGCUGAGGGAGUGGAUAAGGGCCAACGUCUCUGACGCCGUGGCUAACUCCGUCCGCAUUAUCUACGGAGGUCAGUAGGGGACACACUGAACCCAGCACUGGGAAGCCUAUCUUUUCAGAGGGUCUUAUACAUUCUCUAGAAGGCUGCUGAUAGCUAAGAGACAAUCCCCAGAGAUUGGAAAUCUAAACAAAUAUGUAUUGGGCUGUAUAGAAUUAGGGUCAAAUAAACACUGACAAUCAAAUGGACCUUAGAGCAUGUAUAAAUGACUUUGGUAGGUAUGUACAUUGGUAUCUUGAACUUUUGAGAAUAAUAUUUGUGUUCCUAAACCUUUUCAUAUAUUAUAAACCUUACAUAUGUACACACACUUGUGAUAAAAAAAAUAAAAAAAAUGUUUUACCAAAGUCCCUCCCCUCUCCUCCAGGCUCAGUGACUGGUGCCAACUGCAAAGAGCUAGGCUCCCAAAACGAUGUGGAUGGCUUCCUGGUGGGCGGAGCCUCCCUCAAGCCCGAGUUUGUUGACAUCAUCAAUGCACGUGCCUAGAGCGCACAAGAGCAACCUAACCUGCUGCUAUUAGUGUCCUGUGACUGUCCCUCUUCCCAGAGUCUCUGUGUGACAAUGUCUUACCUGUGUUUUUGUGUGUCAACAAGGGACUAUUUGACUCACUUUGUACUACACUGUAGUUUAGGGGCACGCCACAGUAAAAGUCCCACAUUAAGAAGUCCAGUUGAUUUCACCAUUGGUUUAUCCAGAUGGUAUUCUGUGUGUUGAGGAUGGGACUUUUAUUAUUGAACGGCCCUUUGGAUGCAAGUUCCUAACAACUAAUAUAUCAACUAUAUACAAUCUAAAAUAUAUAUUUCUGAUAUAUUAAUAAGCACUGCACUUGAUGUUCCACACUGGAUAUGUGCUCACUCACUACUGUAAGGGGACCACGACUUUGUGUAUUGCUAGUGGCUGUACAAGUUGCAGUGUCACUAGAAGCACAGUCAUGCACAUGCUUGGUUUAGUCUCUCUCUCCUAUUGGUUGAAUCACAUGUCAGUAACAUUUUCCAGAAAAUGACUGUCAAGACAAACCCACAAGGCUGAAGACUACUUGAAUAAAUGGUUGUCUGUGCUGUGAA